ACAACUUGGGUUGAGUUUUUUUUUUAAAAAAAACAAACUUACUUUUUUCUUUGUUUAUUUUCCACAGUUUUCUUGGGUACCAAACACCUUCAUUACAAAACAAAAAAUUAAACACGAAAUUGAAGAUUUAUCAAAGAAAAUGAAAACGAGGCCCGGAGAUCAAACGAGGGUCCACGGUUACAGCAAUUUCAAUAUCUCAAAUCCCACCCUUUAGCCCGUAGUGAGCCAGUACAUAUAGUACUAGACGGUGGAGGACAGCUGCCCAGUCAGCUUUCUUGAUCCUUCCUCCCCGGGCACUACUCUGUACACGAUCACCUACAGAGUUCCUCCCCUGUCCUCUGUGAAGCACCCGUAACAUCCCAAAAGCAAUGGCCUCGUUCUUACUUCGUCGAAGAGUUUCGUCGUCUAUGGGCGUUUCUCGUACGCUACACGCAGGAAAUAUGGAUCCCAUUUGGCUGCACUUGGAAUUGAGGAUUGCAGCUUUAGUUACCAUUUCUCGUGCAACGAGAAAAUACAGUAGUUUUGUUGGUACCACGAAGUUUGACUUCACAGAUCUCACUCAUCCUCAUACAUGGUACCCAAAUGCUCGAAAGAAACAUCGCAAGGUUAUCCUGCAUAUGGGUCCCACAAAUAGUGGUAAAAAAUACCAUGCUCUGAAGCAACUUGAGUCAAGUUCAUCUGGCAUAUACUGUGGUUCAUUGAGAUUGUUGGCUUGGGAGGUGGCUAAUCGGUUGAACAAGGCAAAAGUCCCUUGUGAUCUUAUCACGGGACAAGAAAGAGAGGAAGUUGAUGGUGCAGAACACAAGGCUGUGACAGUUGAGAUGGCUGAUGUAACAUCAAACUACCAUUGCGCUGUUAUUGAUGAAAUUCAGAUGUUGGGAUGUAGGACAAGGGGUUUUUCAUUUACACGUGCUCUAUUAGGAAUCUCUGCUGAUGAGCUUCACCUUUGCGGAGAUGCAGCUGCUGUUCCCCUUAUCCAGGAAAUACUCAAAGUGACAGGUGAUGAGAUUGAGGUUAAAUAUUAUGAGAGACUUUCACCACUAGUUCCAUCAAAGGUCCCUCUUGGAUCCUUCUCUCAUAUACAAACAGGCGAUUGCAUUGUAACCUUUUCGCGUUAUGAGAUAUACAGAUUAAAGAAGAAAAUUGAAAAUGAGGGAAAGCAUCUUUGUUCUGUAGUUUAUGGUUCACUGCCGCCUGAGACUCGAACCAGACAGGAAACAAUGUUCAACGAUGCAAGCAGCGACUAUGAUGUACUUGUGGUUAGUGAUCCCAUAGGGAUGGGUCUCAAUUUGAACAUCUCCAGGAUCAUAUUUUCAACUAUGAAGAAGUUUGAUGGUAUUGAGACGCAGGAUCUUACCAUUUCAGAAAUCAAGCAAAUUGCAGAUGGCUUGUUGAAUUUACCUGUAGGGAGAGUGGGCCAGUAUGGAUCAAAAUUUCCUGUUGGUGAAGUGACUUGUAUAGAUGCAGAGGAUCUACCCUUGCUUCAUUCAUCACUCAAAUCCCCAUCGCCCACUCUAGAGCGUGCUGGAUUAUUUCCUACCUUUGAACUCAUGCUCAUGUACUCACGUGUACACCAAACAAAUGACCUCCAUCAGAUAUUGGAGCACUUUCUGGACAACGCCAAAUUAUCUGAGCAUUAUUUUAUUGCUGAUUGUGAAGGAAGUUUGAAAGUUGCUGCUGUUAUUGAUGAAUUGCCGCUCGAUUUGCAUGAUAAGUACCUUUUCUGCAUCAGUCCAGUUGACAUGGGUGAUAAGAUUUCAUCUCAGGGUCUCACACAAUUUGCACGAAAUUAUGCAAACAAAGGCAUAGUACGGCUGCGAGAAAUAUUUACACCAGGACCACUUCAGGUGCCAGAAACACAUGCUGCUGUCAAGGAGCUUGAAUCCAUACACAAGGUGUUGGAUCUCUAUGUUUGGUUGAGCUUCCGAUUGGAGGAUUCAUUCCCGGACCGCGAGCUGGCAUCAUCACAGAAGGCCAUUUGUAGCCUGUUGAUUGAGGAGUUCCUUGGAAGACUAGGGUGGGUGAAGAAGAAACCAAUGGCAAGGAGGUUCCAACCACGCAGACGCUUAAGUUCUCAAUUUGUAGAUUAGUCACUUCACCUCAACCUGUUGUAUCUCCAACCAUUUACUUCUGUUUAACAGUUGAACAGAGCAUUUCACAGAAACUUUCUUUACUUUAUAUUUAUAAAUUCAAUCAAUUACUUUGGCAA